UAUGAUUGUGCGUGUUUGGGACGAGAGAGGAGAGUGAUCAUAAUCAAGGCAAAAGUCCGACCUGCAACGGGAGCGCACUUAAAUCACGUGGGGUUUGGAUUUGUAUAGGGGAAAAAGUAAAAGUGUCGUCGAAGUGACUUCUGGUUCUACUUUGUUUUUUCUCUCCUUUCUUUGCCUUUCCACCCCCCUCCGCCCUGCAUUCCGUGGAGCAGCUGUGUUUUAAUGCCCCUGCGCACCCGAGGAGGAGAGGAAGGAGAGAAGAGUGAAGAAGAAGAGGCAGAAGAAGAAGUGAGAAGGCCUGGACACCACCCGUCCUCGCCCUUUGGAAGUCUGUCCACUCUCCCCUCCUGGCCCUGCAUGGACGGGGAUGGGGAGAGCCGGAUGCUGUUGCCGCGGGGCUGAGCGCCUCACCUCCCCGUCUGUGGUGCGCCGCUUCCGGCCACUGCUGCUGCUGAUCAUCGCUCUGUGCUGCGGUGCUCACAUAGGUCAGUGCCAGGUGGCCACCCCUCAGUGUCGUAUCCAGAAGUGCACCACUGACUUUGUCUCCCUGACCUCCCACCUGACCCCUGCCGUGGAUGGCUUUCACACUGAAUUUUGCAAGGCUUUACGUGCGUACUCGGCCUGCACUCAAAGGACAGCCAAGUCCUGCCGAGGAAACCUGGUCUUCCAUUCGGCUGUUCUGGGCAUCUCCGACCUCAUGAGCCAGAGGAACUGCUCCAGAGACGGCCCCACUUCUUCUACACACCCCGAGAUCCACUUUGAGCCGUGCAACUACCACAGUCGCACGCAGCACGCGCACACACACUCCCAUGCACAUGCUCAUGCUCAUGCACACUCCCACACUCACAGCCAUGGCCACAGCCACUCUCGGGCUGGGUACCUGUUUUGUGGGCUCUUCGGUGACCCACACCUGAGGACAUUCAAGGACAGCUUCCAGACUUGUAAGGUCGAAGGAGCAUGGCCUCUCAUUGAUAAUGAUUACCUGUCGGUGCAGGUCACUAAUGUUCCCGUGGUUCCUGGCUCCAGUGCCACAGCAACCAAUAAGAUCACCAUCAUCUUCAAACCCUACGAGGGUUGUACAGACCAGAGGGUCUACCAGGCUGUCACAGACAACCUUCCCGCUGCCUUUGAUGAUGGAACCGUGAGCAGUGGGGAUCCCAUCCACAAUUCUGCUAGUGGAGACGGAGCAACCGGGAAGGUCCGGGCUCUGUGGAUCUCUGAGCGCAGCCCAGGGCGCCAUGUGGAGCUGCAUGCUGGCUACAUUGGUGUGACUGUAAUUGUUCGCCAAUUGGGGCGCUACUUGACCCUGGCGGUGCGGAUUCCAGAGGAACUGGCUCAGGCCUAUGAUGCCACCCAGGACCUGCAACUCUGCCUGAAUGGCUGUCCCAGCGGAGAACGCAUCGACCAGGCGGGACAUCUCCCCCUGCCCCUCUCCCCUCCUGCGCUUGGCCUGCAGCUUCAGCAGCUGCGUCACCCCAGCUACUCCUCACAGACACAGACAUCCACCUACGGUUCCACGCAGGUUUUUGGUGUAGAGGGGGCGAAGGAGCGCUGCAGGGAGCAGCUGGAGGUGGAGGACAUUUACUUCUACUCCUGUGUGUUUGACCUCCUGACCACCGGGGAUGCUAACUUCACAGUGGCAGCGUAUAGUGCCCAGAAGGAUAUGGAGAGUCUCCAUCCGCACCGGGAUAGAUGGAGGAUCUACCCCCGCAGUUUUGCCACCUCCUUCUUACACUCUGAUUCUCAAACUUUCAAACUGCUUGCCCUCCUCCUGCUGUGUUUUCUGAGCACUGUUUUGAUGUAAGAGUGGGAGUCUUUGUGUGUGCCUGCAUGCUUGUAGGCCUGGCUACGUGUGUGCACUAGAAAUAGAAUUUUGGAAGUUUCUUGCUGAACACUGAUACUUAGCACUGGGUCCUCUCUCUUGCAGAGAGGAACCAUCAGCCUGAACAGUUACUUGGAAUUAGAAGUUUUUGGGGUUUUUUUUGUUAGAAAAGGUGAAAGAUCUCCCAGUGGGCACAGGACAUGCUGCCAACACUAACUGCAUCUUACAUGAGAGAAUCAACUCUCUGGAGGUAAAAAAGAAAAAAAAAAUAAGCAAGACGUGAUGAUGGCGCUACAAUCUGUCUUCAACUUUGUUUAGAACGCAACUGACAAUGACACAAAUGUUUCUGUGUGGUUAAAAUGACUGUAAAUAGUUCAUUUUGUCUUCAGUGCACAGUGUAAUGGAGUAGAGUUUGUUUUUAUGCCAUUUGAUGUGACUUUUUUUAAUACCUCAGACAGAGGAUGAGGUUUUUUUUGUUUGUUUGUUUGUUUUUUAACAAAAGCACUUUAUUUUAAUUUUUUCCACAAAUCCACAUCAGUGUUUUUUUUUUUUGUUUUUUUUUUCCUUUCACUUGAUGUCCUCCACAAAAACCUGCAAUGGCUCAAAUUAUGGAGCUCUGCAAUUUGGUUUUUGAUCUUCUCACAGUAAAAAAGUAAGUCGAAUAAUAGAGGAGAUGCCUUUUUUGUUGUUGUUGUUGUUGAAGUGCAACACGUACUAGCCGAUUUGCCUCAGCGUUUUAUUUUAAGUCAGUCAAUGUGAGCUUUUCUGUUGAAUGUAUUUUGAAACUUGUCACAGCAAAUGCCAUCAGUACCACGUUGUUUUUCACACCUGAUUUUGACUGUUUGUGCAAGUCUGUGUGUUUGUGGGUGCUUCAGUGUUUUUAAAUGUUCGAAAGUGUUUUCAUUUCAGCUGAUUCACAUUAGAGGAAGUCCCAACUUUUUUCCCAUGAUGCUGUGACUUUACAGGCUUGUGUUUUUUUGCUCAGCCUACUUUUUAUUAAUAUAAUUUGAGCCAAAGACAGCUUUUUUUUUUCUUGUCUGUGCAGCAAAAAUCAAAACUCAACACCAAACCAGCAGCCUCCGCCCUCUUGGAGUCUUUUUCUCCCGAGUUUUUAAACUUACUACUGUAGAUUGGUUUUGUUGGAAUUGACAAGCUGCUCCUUGUUGAGAUACAUGUAAGAUACUGGAGAGAAAACAGUGCAAAUUACUGAAGAAACCUCAUCACACUAUGCUGUGUUAUGUGCAUCAGCAUUGUGUUUUGGGAAUUUGAUACAUGGUAGAGGUUUCUACCCUCAAAAGCCUAUGAGCCUUUUGAACAUGUAACAUUCUCUGUAAUUACACCCAGUUUGUUUGUUGCUUCAUCUCAGUUUUUGGCAUUGUGGUCUUUUACAACAAGUGUGAGUGAAGAGUGACUGGUCAAUGUUGAAAUACUUAACUUAUUUAUGAACGUAGUUCCCUGUAGAGGAAGUUAAGCUCCAUAUUCUUGCUGUUGAAUAAUAAUUUUUAAAAAAAAUGUCAGAUGUGAUUGUACUGCCACCUAGUGGUGCUCUGUUGAUAUGUCAGUGUGUUACUCAAGGCUCUCAAAAAAAAAAAAAAAAAAACAAAAAAAAAUUGAAGAAAAAAAAAGUGUGUGUGUUUUAUUU